AUGAGCAGGACCGCCAAUGCCAACGAUAUGGAUACGAAUGCCUCCAAGCUGCAAUAUGCUGCCGAGGAUGCCGAGGAUGUUGAUGCUGAUGAUGAAUCAGAAGCUGCUGAUAUUAUACUUGAAUCUCAAAGGCCCACUUCAAAGAAUUUCACUGUUUACCUAGCUGGCAAUAGCAACAACAACAAAGAGGCGACGAAGAAAUGCCAUAAUAAGAGCAGCAGCAACAACAGCAACAACGGCAACAACAAUGCAGCUACAAAAUCCACUUCCGUUGACGGCAAUGGUGGCAGUUUCGGCGAUGAUGACGACGACGACAACAACAACGUCGACGGAGAGGAGCAGGAGGACAAUGUGGAUGUGGAUGUCGAUGUAGAUGUGGAUAUGGAUGUGGAUGCGAGCUCGGACGCGAACAAUGUUGGCAGCAAAAGUUUUGCGUAUAAAAAAUUUAAGAACAUGCACGAACAGCAAAAUCAACAAAAGCGAAAAGAGCAACAACUGAACCAAGAGCCGAAAGUGAAGCCCAAACAGUUGCCGCCUUCAGAGGAGCAGCUGUUUGAUUCUAUUGAAAUAUUAAAUGAACGAAAAUUUAAUAAAGCAAUGGCAGCCCAAUCAACGCAACAUCAGCAGCUACAGCUACAGCAGGAGGACGAAGAAGAAGUAGACAGCAUGACGGUCAGGCAGCAGCAGCAACGGCAACAGCAACAACAACAACAACAGCAAUAUGCCGACAUUAUGGCAAUCGGCGAUAUCGAGGACAAUUUUGGUAAUGAUGAAGUAUUGGCGGAAAGCAUUAAGUCCACAAUUGACAAUGAUGAAUCAGCAAAGACGACGACAAGCAUAGCGGCGGCAGCACGGCCAACCACAACAGCAACACUGCAGACAACAACAAAUACAGGCAUAGCAGCCACAUCAAGUACAACACCAAGUACUUCAACAACAAUUUCAAGUGUAUUAGACGGUCCUAGAAACCCGCAACCACAACAGCAACAACAAAACAUGGCGAAAGCCAUUACAAGCAAUUAUAAUAAGAAUAAUAAUAAAAAUAAUGAUGAUGAAGGUUCUGUUGCCGUUGCUCCCGCUGCGGAUGAUGCCAACGAAAAUAAUGAUGACAUGGAUUCCAUCAAUAUGGGUGAACUGCAUUACUACGAUGGCAAUAGCAGACAUGGCCAUGCCCGAAAAUCACAAGCCAAUUACUUGAGCAGCUAUUUUGGCCAUACAAUAAAUGACACGCAAGUGCAUCCAAAGCACGAGCGCCAGCAACAACCGGCUGCAAGUUUCCUUGAUGAUGAGUACGUGGAAGAGCACCAUCAGCAUCAACAACAGCAACAUCAGUCGCCGUCUGCAUUCCAUUAUCAUCAGGACGCCACCGAGUCGCCAUCGGCAUUUGAACGCUUCAAGGCACUGCGACGCAGCAAUCGACGCAAUGGACACAAGAGUCACAAGAAACGCUACAAGGACUAUUUGCGCAACGGACUCGACAGCAGCAGCAAGCUCAAGUUGAAGUUGCAGCAUGCAGCUCCAAUUUUCGCGCUGGGCACUCGAGGGUCACAGCAAGAACAACAACAACAACAACAACAAGAACAGAAACAACGCAUCACGCCUAAGCCUUUCUACGAAGGUCAAAUAACAUACUACGAACAGGCGGGCGAUUCAGUAGCCAGCAAUGAUGAAACGAUUUCUUCAAGUGGUCACAACAUCGAACGCAUGAUUGCAACGGACAACAGCAAUUGGUAUCGCCGGGUCAGUCCAGUGCUGCGGAAUGGCAUUCAACGAGCGCCGCUGCAGCAGCAACUGGGUCACCAGAUCACGGAAAUGGAGGAGCUGGAGCGGUACUAUGCCAAAUGGCCCCAUUUGGCACGCGUGCAAUUUCAGGUUUACGACGAGCACUAUCGUGAAUCCCAUCCCGAGCUGUAUGCCGACUACGAUGCUGACGAUGAGGACUACGAGACAGCGGCCGAGCUAGAGGAGGCACAGCAAGAGCACGGAGCCGAGGCCAAUUUGCCGCCCUACAUCAAAAAAUAUAAUCGACGCAACAAACAGCUGCUCAACCUGUUGGAGGGCACUCUGCCGCCGGCCACCCAAACGCCGCCGCUGCGCGCCAGCUGGUCCGUACGCCUGGAUGAUGACUAUUUGAAGCAAAAGCGACGUCGCUAUCACAGUCAUAAGCCGUCGCAGUAUGCGGAUCUAUUUUCCCAACAACGACAACAACAACAGCAACAGCAGCAGACAGAGACAACCACGCUGGCAGCACCUGUGCCCACUAGCAGCGUAAAUGAUGUAUUGCUGCACAAUCAGUUGCCGGAUGAGCAGGAGCAGCUGGACAUGUCCGCCGCCGUUGAUUUUUGGCAAAAGGAAAUCGAAAGCAAAUCGAAUGCAAAUGCAAAUGAAAUGAACGGAAGCCCACAAAUGAGUUGGAAAGUUGAGCGUGGCACAGUGGCAUCGACGGUGGCGCCACCCGCCGCCACAAGCAGCCCCAAGCCGGCACUUUUCAAGCUGCCCUCGUAUCCUGCCAUUGCGGAUAGUUUUAUGGGCACCCCACGCAGUCGCAGUCGCAGCGCCCAAUUCGUCUCGAAUGUAUCGGGACGAGGUCAGGGCUGGCGCUAUGCAGCUGACCCGGACGCCGACGGCAACGGCGCCACCGAUGCAACUGCAAACGCAGGCAGCACGCCGGAGCCGCAUGCAGCGCCACCCGUACAGCGAGCUCUCAACUCAUUUGUCUAUCAUCGUGUGGUGGAUGCCUCGCCUCGACUUGUCGGCGUUUCGAGUCUGUCCAAUCGCAAGCAACGCUUGCCCUUUGUGGCCAUAACCGAUCGACGGCUGGAGACGUCCAAGAAGCUGCUGGCCGAGCGGCACAAAGACUUUGAGCAAAAUCACUUUCCGAUGCCUUAAAUUUGCGAGCAGCCGCUUAAGUUGCCAGCGAGAGAAGAAACCAUAAGAAGAGACACAUAGGAGGAGCAGUUGCGCCAGUGACACACACGUGCAGCAACAAAAACAAUUAGGGGUAUUCACAGUCAACCGAUUAUCACAUUGUCAGGAUAUACUCUUACUCGCAGAUGC